AUGGAACUUCAUUCGGUGUUUUUCUACCAAUCCGCAAUUUCUGAAGAAUAUUUCAUGUUUAUUUCUCAUAUUUCAGGUAACAAGACAAAAGAGGGAGUGGUGUCAGGCGUAAACACAGUUGCCCAGAGGACCACAGACCAGGCGAAUAUUGUCGGUGAAACAGCGGUAGGCAGCACUAAUGAAGUUGGACAGAAGACAGUAGAGGGGCUGGAGAAUGUGGCUGCAUCAACCGGCCUGGUCAACCCGGGUGACUUCUCUCAUGGGGGCAUGGAAGGAGGAGACGGUGGAGAGGGUUAUUAGUCCAGAGGCCUGAAGCUGAACCGGUCCCCUCUCUUCCCCCUGAGUUUCUGCUCCAAAGCCUCACCCCUUCCAGACUCCAGAUGUUGCUGAUAUUUUUUUGUGACUGUAUGGAAAACCAGAGUUGAAAAAGACUUUCCCUGAGCCCUGUAGCCGUUAGAUGUGUGACGCUUCCCCUCCUCUCCAUCUGUGGUGUCGUCAUGCUGUUCUCUAGUGUUACUGUCAUUCCUCUUCCCAUCCACACCUCAUCUAAAACACACACACACACUCAUACAUACACACAAAAUGAAGCCCAGAGGCUGAUAUCAGAGGUUGAGGUGGUCUUUUAGGAGCAUGGCUGGGGGAAAAAA